GUAACAAAGAAGGGAUUUUGUUUUUGUUAUUUUUUAACAAAAAUUUUGAUGUCAUUUUCCAUGUCGUCUCAAAAUUAUUUAUAGUUAGAAAUUACGGUGUAAAUUUUGGAAUCUUUUGACAAAAAUUUUGCAGUGCGCGAGCUACUGCUCUGCUUCUGUCGUCGAUGGAGAGGUGCAUCCGUUUCUUUGGUUCUUUCUUCCAACUCUCAUUUCCGUGAUUCGCGAGGAAAAGAGCUGCCUUUUGCUGUAGUUUUUGUUCUGAAUGACUGUGGGAGCUUCAAUUUUUGUGUUUAUUAGGUUUUAAUUGCUUUAAGUUUGAUUUAGGAGCGGAUUGAUUUAUCGUCCCUUGAAUGGGCAUUGCAAUUCCAGUCUAGGUUUUUUUUUUCUUGAGAUUCCUCUCUUUGUCAACGCUGCAGUUCUUUGUACUGGAAUUGGGACUUCCAUUUUUCGGAUUUUAUUCUUGGCUAGGUCGUGGAUAGGCAGCUCACUGGCGAUUACAUGACAGAGUUUUAAUCCUGCGGAUAACCUUAUUUGCGUCUCGUAUGGAAGAUCAUCUGGUGCUGUAUGUUGAUCGACUCAUGCUGCUCGGGAAAAAUGGAACGAUGCCGGCGGAUGAAGAAAACAGUGCUGCAGAUGAGGGAGACCAGCUUCUUCAGAUGGCGGAGUGUCGUAUCUGCCAAGAGGAGGGUUUAUCGAAAGACUUCGAGAUCCCUUGCGCCUGUAGCGGCAGUCUGAAGUAUGCUCAUAGAACAUGCGUGCAGCACUGGUGCAAUGAAAAAGGCGAUAUAACCUGUGAAAUCUGCAAUGAGCAAUACACACCUGGAUACUCUACACUGCCAAGUGCUCAAUGUACAGUUGAUGCCAGUGGUGGAUUGACUAUCUCAGGAUCCCAUUUGGACUUACACGACCCUUGGUUUCUUGCAACAACAGCAGCCCAUCGCCACUCUCUUGAAACUGAGUAUGAUGAGUAUGAUUCUGCUGAAGUCAGCGGUCCUGUUCUUUGUCGUAGUGUUGUUCUGAUGUUAUUGACUCUCUUAUUGCUACGGCAAGCAUUCAGUAUUUCUGUUGUUGUUGAAUUUGAUGAUGGCGAUGAUGACGAUGAUGUUUCGACAUAUUUUUCAAUUUUUCUUCUGCGUGCUAUUGUAUUUCUGUUGCCAUGCUACAUCAUGGCUUGGGCCAUUAGCAUCUUGCAGCGCAGAUGGCGAAGAAAAGAAGCAGCUGCAUUAGCAGCAAAUGAAGCUGCAUUAAUAUUGCAGCAGUCUGCCCUAUAAGGAAGGCAUUUGCAGGUCUCACUAGCAUCUGAGUGACUCACUUCAGACUGAGCUCCCUCAUGAAGCUUCCAACUUGCCAGAAUUUAAUUUUUUUUCUUUUUUUUAAAUAUAUAAAUGUUUAAGGUUGAUAGUGGUUAAUCAUUGGUUGAAGUGUACACACAGCCAAGGGAGAUCAGUUGGUUCUUACCUUUUUAAUUGUUUACUUUGUAUCUUUCACGUGUAUAUGAUCCUGACUUGUUUUUUCAGGAGAAAAUUACUGUCUUUAUGAAUAUAUUCAAUAAUUCUCCCUUCGAUUA